GGAUUAAAUACGAGAUUUUGGCAUGAGAAAUGAUCUCUUUAAUUUCUCACGAAUUUAAAUUUGCAAAUUGCUAAUCGAAGGAUUUGCCUUCCCAAUUUGUUGCAAUUCAAUCCCACUUCCUCAAUCCUCUUUCUCAGCUCUCAAUUUUAAGGUAUAUAGGGACAGAAAUGGAGAGCGGAGGAGGUUUCACCGCCGGAGAUCUGUCCACCAUCGGCGGCAUCGCCACCGUCUCGUUGCUGCAUUCCUUCAUUCCUACCCACUGGCUGCCGUUCUCCAUCGUCGGCCGCGCUCAGAAAUGGACUCUCUCCCGUACCCUCAUCGUCACUGCACUCGGGGCAGUUUUGCACGUAUUGUCAACUUCACUUCUUGGCAUAACUGCAAUCACCAUAUCUAACACUAUUGCUGGGGAGGAAACUGUGCAUAAACUUGCUUCUUUGUUGCUCAUAUUUCUUGGUGGAAGUUACAUCAUCUUGUAUCUCACUGGAAAGGGUGGUCAUAGCCAUUCACACAACCAACCCAUGGAAAAAAUGGCUGUGGCUGGGCUUGUUCUUGUGCCUGCUUUGUCUCCUUGUGCAACCACUCUGCCUGUAUUUCUCGCUGUUGGAAAUUCAUCUUCCAUGAUGGUGCUUGCCAUAAUAGUUCUUCUAUUCAGCACCAUAACAGUAAUGACCUCGCUGGUGGCACUCUCAUUUUACGGUGCAAGUCAGCUCAAGUUCCAUUGGGUGGAGCGCUAUGACAAGCUCCUCGUAGGUUCGGUUCUAUGCUUGGUUGGAAUCUUAACGCUCAUAUUCCACGAUCACGAUCAUGAUGGAGAAGCCGGUUCGGCUGGAGACCAUCUACACAGAAAAAUAAUUGCACUGUGAGGUUUAAGUCAACAUCCUCUUCUUGCUGAGUGUUAAGAAUUAGUGUACAUUUGAACCUUAAGUAAUGGAAAGUUCAUUGUAAAAUUUUUGUUCAUUGUACUAUUAAUGAGCAUCCAUAUCUGUUCAACUAUGUAGGGUUAGCAGCAUGCUACUUGUGUACAAUAUCAAUCUAACACAAAACCAAUCAAUUCAGCUAUUCCAUAUUCAUGAA